CAAGCCGUAGAACAAGAUGGCGGACUCCUUAGCAGCGGCUCAGGGAGAGGAGAACGAACCGGAGAAAGAAGGCAAGGAGAGACGGAUGGAAGGAGGUAGUGAGAGACGGGGGUCGAAGGAGACCUCCGAGGUGACGGAGACGCUGGGGUUUUACGACAAGAAGAAAGUCCAGAAGGACAAGAAACGGAGUCUGUCUGAUCUGUCCCUAGCGAGGUUCAUGGGGGCGGAGCUGACCCGAGGAUACUUCCUGGAACACAAUGAGGCUAAAUACACAGAGAGACGAGAGAGGGUCUAUACCUGCCUCCGGAUCCCCAAGGAACUAGAGAAGUGGGUAAACUUCCUGUGUCUGGACCCUACCCUGCUGCCUCUCAGAGUUCUACUGGCCCUCGUCCACCUACUGACCCUACCCUGCUGUGGUCUGAGUGGGUCUCCUCUUCUCCAGCCAGCCCAGGUCUGUGAUGUGAUGAAGGGUUUCAUCGUGGUGUUGUGUUACGUCAUGAUGAGCUACGUGGAUUACAGCAUGAUGUACCACCUGAUCAGAGGACAGUCUGUCAUCAAACUCUAUAUUAUCUACAACAUGCUGGAGGUUGCAGACAGGUUGUUCUCUUCGUUUGGUCAGGACAUUCUGGACGCUCUCUACUGGACCGCAACAGAACCUAAAGAGAAGAAAAGAGCUCAUAUAGGAGUUGUUCCUCACUUCCUCAUGGCUGUUCUAUAUGUCUUUCUUCAUGCUAUCCUCAUCAUGGUCCAGGCCACUACUCUGAAUGUUGCCUUCAACUCUCACAACAAGUCUCUACUCACCAUCAUGAUGUCUAACAAUUUCGUGGAGAUCAAAGGAAGUGUGUUUAAGAAGUUUGAGAAGAACAACCUCUUUCAGAUGUCUAACAGUGACAUAAAGGAGAGGUUCACUAACUAUGUUCUGUUACUCAUUGUCUGUCUACGGAACAUGGAGCAGUUCUCAUGGAACCCUGACCACCUGUGGGUGCUGUUUCCUGACGUCGUCAUGGUGAUAGCGUCUGAGGUUACCGUGGAUGUCGUCAAGCACGCCUUCAUCACCAAGUUUAACGACAUCACUGCAGACGUCUACGGGGAGUACCGCGCCAGCCUGGCGUUUGACCUCGUCAGCAGCAGACAGAAAAACGCCUAUACAGACUACAGUGACUCAGUCUCCAGGAGAAUGGGCUUCAUUCCACUGCCUUUAGCUCUGCUGUUGAUCAGGGUGGUGACCAGCUCAGUGAAGAUCCAGGGAUCUCUCUCCUUCAUGUGUGUUCUUCUCUUCUAUCUGGGGAUGAUCUCCCUGAAGGUACUGAACAGCAUCGUUCUGCUGGGAACGUCCUGUGUGUUCGUCAAAGAAGCCAAUAUGGAGGAGAAGCUGUUCCAGUCUCCCCCCUCUGCUGCCUCCAGUCGCUCCAACUCUAGAGCACACAGACCCACACAGACCCCCCCUCCAGGUAACACACACACACCACCCCUCCAGGUAACACACACACACCCCCCCUCCAGGUAACACACACCCCCCCUCCAGGUAACACACACACCACGCCUCCAGGUAACACACACACACACACCACCCCUCCAGGUAACACACACACACCACCCCUCCAGGUAACACACACACAC